AUUCCUGGUUUCUGCAGGUCAUAGAGGCCGUGGCCAACGUCGUGCUCGGCUUUGUUCUCAUGCUUGCGAUCGAGGGCUUCCGGCUUCACAAGAUGCCGCAGUUCCCCUAUCUCGUGAGCGGUGGCCUGCAGGUGUCCGCAAAGUACUUCACGACGCAGUCCAUGGUUGCGGGCGUGUCCUUCCCCGUUGCCACAUUAGCAAAGUCGUCCAAGAUGGUGCCAGUCCUGAUUGGACAGCUCCUCCUGGGGUCAGCGAAAUACACCACACGGGAGUACCUGAAUGUUGCCCUUAUCGUUGCUGGAACCGGGCUCGUGAGCAUGGCCGGAAAGUCCAAAGCAGGCAAGCAGGAUUCUUUGAUGGGUCUACUCUGCCUCAUUGGCUCUCUCGCAUGCGAUGGCACCGUGGCAGGCGCACAGAAAAGUCAGAAGAAAAAGCUUAAAGAAUCGGGGCUGACGGAGAAGAACUUUGAGAUGCAAUUCCUUACAAACUUUUAUAUGACCCUGACGGCACUAGGGUUCGCUGCAGUGUUCCAGGAAUUUGGACCCGCAAUGGAGUUCAUCCUCGCAAAUCCGGUCAUCUUUACAAAGAUAGUCUUGUUCGCAGCUUGUAGUGCAGUUGGUCAGGCGUUCAUCUUUUUCGUUAUCUCCGAGUUUGACUCUCUCGUGUGCAGUACUGUGACGACCACCAGGAAGAUCUUUUCCGUGCUUCUAUCUGUCUUCACAAAAGGCCAUAGCAUGAACGCUCAGGGGUGGUCUGGCAUUGGCCUGGCAUGCCUGGGCAUCCUCUCAGAGCUGGAGGACAAGUUCUCGAAAUCCGGGGAGAAAUCUAAGGAGAAGACGAAAUGAGACAAGGAGAAGUCGGAUAAUCCAAGGAGUAGCUGGACGACGAGUCGAAAUGAGAGGCCAGAGCCUUGCAUACUGUUUUCCUUGUUUUCCUAAGAGUGAUUGCGCAUUACUCCAGAGACGGUUUUGGGCCAGGGAGCGAAGCCAUGUGCUCGAAAGAAAGCCGUGCUCUUGAACUUGUGGUGCCAGUCGAGUUGAAGGACAGCUCCCGAGUAAGGCCAGCCCGAGUCCCCCGAGCCCGAGCCUUACGUCUUCCCGGUCUGAGAAGGCCCGCUCCCCGCGACCCCCCCCCCUCAGGGGCAACGACAUGGGGGGACACGGGGGGACACUCCCCCCCCCUACCUCAUGAGGGAGACAGCAC